CCUUCGGGUGUACGUCAGGCAGGAGGCGGAAGCGCAGCGGGGGCGGGAAGGUUGUAGAACCGCACGUUGGGCUCUGUUUGCAGGUCUCUAAGUGGUCGCGCCCCCUUUGAGAGAGCGAUCCCAAGGCGAGGAGGGUCCUGGGCGCUUUAUUGGCCCUGGGUAGCGGCCUCCCCAACUUCCUCACUUCCCUUUCUCUGGAUGUUGUCGGCCGCAGCCGCCCAGCCUGCCCUCCACGCCCUCCAGCAAGGACCCUUUGAGACGCAGGUGACUGUAAAGUGCUGACCAGUUGCCACUGAGCAUAGUUGAAACAAAAUAGGAAGAUAUGGCAGCAAACCCUUCAGGACAAGACUACUCAUCUUAGAUUCUAAGUAUACAUUCAUUGCUGUAAUUAUUUGAUCAUCUCUAUCCUCACUGGACUGUUUGAGAACCAUGAGAGCUAGAAUCAUGUCCAGCUUUGGCUCAUCAUUGUAUCCUUAGAACCUCUCUAGUGCCUGUAUAUGAUGAACACACAAUAAAUAUAUGUUGAUUCAGUAAAUAACUUAAAACAUGUUAAACUAAUGGUGCCACAGUGACUUUCCUUUAAUACUGAACAGGGUUACAGUAAUCUUACCACUACCAAAACAAAACAAAAUUUCAGGUUUUCAAAACAAAAACAGGGUUGCAAUCUUGGCAGAACUGGACAAAGAGAAAAGAAAAUUACUAAUGCAGAACCAAUCUUCAACUAAUCAUCCUGGAGCAAGCAUUGCACUCUCGAGAGCCUCGCUUAAUAAGGACUUCCGGGAUCAUGCUGAGCAGCAGCAUAUUGCAGCCCAACAAAAGGCGGCUUUGCAGCACGCACAUGCACACUCAUCUGGAUACUUCAUAACUCAAGACUCUGCUUUUGGGAAUCUUAUUCUUCCCGUCUUACCUCGCCUUGACCCAGAAUGAAGAAAAGAUUUGUAACAAAAGUGACUGGAAUAUCAGAUGCCAAAGCUACUAUCAUUUAGUGCUUUACAAACUGUGACUUUCAGAAUUUUGGUGAACUUUUAUACUUUCAUUGCUUCUUUAAAAGAAAGGCAUGUGUACAUCAGAGCAGAAGAGGAGGGGUCUCCGGGAGGAUGAGAGUCUUGGGAGCUGUAUUAUCUGAGGAACUGAUGAUGCUACUUGUGACUGUUUGGAACACAGUUUGAUUUUUUGAACCCAAAUCAAAAUUGAAUGGUCACAUAAAUUCACCCCUACCCCCACCUCCCCAACUAGGUGGAUUGAGUAUAUCAUUGUCCACAGUAGACUCUCAUGAACCAUUUAUAGUACUUAACUUCAAAGAAAUGAGGGUGCUUUUAAAAACGUGAACCAAUAGGCUUAAAUAAGUUACAUUCAUAUUUGCUGUUUGUAGAAUUGCUGUCAGUGUACCUUUUGUGUUUAUAGUCAACUUGUCAUCCUGAAAUACUCUUUAACUCAUGACCAACUCCCUUAUUAUCCGUUUUCAAAGAAAAUCUAAGACUAAGUUACCAGUCUUAAACAUCUUUUAUAAACCUAUGCUACUAUAAAUUAUGUGACUAAAUGCAAUUAAAAACAAUGAUAAGAAAUGUGAUUUUAAAAUUUGUACAUGCUCUUAUUAUUUAGUGUUACUACACAUGUAGUGUGCCCACGUUUUAUUUAUCUAAUUAAAAACAGAUGCAAGUUGAGCCCCUUUUUAAUUACUCUAAGGAGUCAGGUUAAGCAAGUUUCUCAAUAUGACACAUCUUGAACAGAAUUUGGGGUGCUUAUUUGAGCAUGCAGUCCCUCCUACCUUACCCCAGUCCUAGAGAAUUAGAAUUUCUAAUUCAAAACAAAGUCUGAAAAACCUGGGUAAGGAAUUCAGUUUUCUUUAUAUCUGUAUAUCUAUUUGUAUCAUAGAUAUAUAAACUCAUAGAUUUCUUUGUCCCUGAAACUUAGCUAAAAUUAGCUAAAUUCUAUGUGGGUUUUUUUUUUAAACCUUUAAUAGGAUUGAAAUUAUAUUUUAUACUAUAUUACAGAUACAGUACUUUAUAUAACUACUUGUAAUUGACCUCAUAUUAGCCUUGAGUCCCCAUCAUCUCUGGUGGUAGGAUGAAAUUUAAACUUAAAAUUCCAGUUUGGGUCAAUAUUUAAUUGAAGUUCAUCUCCUUUUUCAAAGAGUUUCUUUCCUUCCUUCCCUAGAUAUUUGCACCAGCUGCACAGCCCUAGGUUAACCCAAACUAAUUAAAGCAGGAAUGGAGAAUUCUAGACUUGGCUGUGCCAUUUAGAGUCUUUCUCUUGAGAAUUUGAACUGAUUUUCUGCAUUUGGGUGAGGUAGAGCCAUUCCCAUCGUAACGGUCGCUAUUAUAGCUGUUACAAAGGGGCCCUUACUCCCUGCUGCUGAGGAGGUCCCCAGGGGCCUCUGGCUCCUGUCCUGCCCCAGGUCCAUCCAGCACUUCCUUGGGUCUUCUACGGUGGCCCUCAUUUUCUUGAAUUCUUUUGACCGUGUCAGUUCCGUGCAACACAUGACCAACUGGCAUGGUUCUAAAUCUAUCUACUGAUGCUAAGGAGAGAAACAAUUUGGAUUGUAUACUUUUUAUACUAUUGAAGCCUCUACCUAAUGUGUGACUUUUAUAACCUAGGUAAAGAGAUCUUUUUUCAGUGGUAUCUUUUCUAAAGUGGUAUCUUUCCUUUUAAAUAGAUGUUGUUAAAUCCUGCAGUCCUGGCUAGGAAACACUUCCUCCCACCCCUCUCCUGUGAGUCCCUUACAAAUUCAGGUCAAUUCCAUAUGUGUUUGUGAAUAUGCACUCUGUAAAGCACCGGAGUAUGGAGGGGGGGGGGGGGAAGGUGAGAAAAAUGAGACCUGCUAUGAAGGAGGUCACAUGGAGAGGAGCCUGUUGUGGGACAGCAGAAAUGAUAAAGGAAGGCCGAGUGCAGCCCGCCACAGAAGAGGCCCCCAGAGCACAUCGCAGUCUAGAUAGGCCUGGGAGGAUUGGUAGGAUUUCACCUGGAAAGGCAGGAAGAGCUGCUUCAGGCAAAGGUCAAGGUCUCACAAUCAAAGAGAAGGAGGGAUUAAGGCCGAUGGGAGGACUGCAGAGGACAAAGGGAAAAGCAGCACACUAGUCAGAAGCCCUGAGGUGAAGCUGGGAGGAGGGGGAAAAGGGGGUAACUCAUUUCACCUCUCUCGGCAUGUCUCUCCGUCUCGCCUGUAAAGUAGGAACAGCACACGGCCUACUUUAUAAAUUGUCUAGACCAGUAUUUCUCGAAGUGCAGGCUCAGCCUGUUACUGAAAUGAGAAGCCAACUAACUUAAUGGUUUAAUGGAGUGUGGCCAGCAUUUUUUUUUUUUUUUUGAAAAAUAGGAAACAUGAGAGUGCAUGGCAUGUUGUAAUAGGUUUUGUUUCAUGAAUCUUCUGUUUCUGUGUGUUUGUGUGUUUUACUUAUUUUGUUUGUUGUAUGUUGUACCAGUAUGUAAGGUCUUUGAGGCAAUAUUUUUUGUUUCCUUCCCUCCUUUCCUUUUUGUUCAUAAGUGUAUUUUGCUUAGACUAGUAUUUGGCAUAUAGAAGGUGACCAGUACCUGCUUAUUGAAGGAAUGAAUGAAUGAGUAUAUGUGACCUCUGGGUCAUGAUGGAAAGGGUAUUUGUUAUUUUUUUUUACUCUGAGUCAUGGCAAAAAAAAAGUUGUGAAAGCCAUUGCUCAAUAAUAGAGAUGAUGGGGCACCUGGGUGGCUCAGUUGGUUAAGCGUCCGACUCUUGGUUUCAGCUCAGGUCAUGGUCUCAGGGUUGUGAGAUCGAGCCCUGUGUUGGGCUCUGUACUCAGCAUGGAAUCUGCUUGCAAUUCUCUCUCACCCUCUCUAAAAAAUAUAUAUAUAAAUAAAAUAAUAAUAAUACAGAUGACAGUGCUUUGUAUGAUUCUGAAAUUAAAACUGAAAUGACUCAGUAAUUUCAAAGAGAGAUUCUGUUUCCCCUGAGCAAUCUGUAAAAUGUCUCAUUAAGUUGUCUCAGUUCUUUCCUUCACUUUGGCAGUAGAAACUCAGCCUUUCUAUGAGCUGAAGGCCCACUGCGGCAAGGCUUUUGGCAAAUACGGUCACACCGAGGACAGAAGAUCAGCCCUGAGAGCGUCAGGUCCCUGGGGCGGCGCCACUACACUGCGGGUGUCCCGCCAGCCGGCUCGAGUCCCAGCGGAACACCAGCUCAGCGGCGCUUACGGAAUGCUGUUCUCCUUCCCCUCUGUAUGCACGGCGGACACAACAGUUUUAAAUUGAGCAAAUACAGCACGAGGAGGAGGAGGAGGAGGAGAACUUCAUUGUCCUCAACCUGAGAAUCUAGAGCGGCUGAGACAAGCCCACUAGUAGAUAACACUGGUUGCCCUUUAUUAGUGAGAGGAUGGGCCUGGAUAGACCAGGGAAGCCUACAACAGAAUAAGCAUCUGAGGGGCGCCUGGCUGGCUCAGUCGGUGGAGCGUAGGAUCUUCAUCUCGGAGUCAUGAGGGCAAGCCCCACACUGGGUGUACAGAUUACUUAAACAGAUCCUUAUUUAAAAAAGAAGAAGAAGCAUUGGAACUCAGCUUCCGAGAGAAGAGGGUCUCAGCCAGGAAAGCUAGGACAACAGUGAAAGCAAAGGAAAAGCCUGCACAAAGGCAGAGCAGACGGGCCAUCGUGAAGCACCAAAAGUCCAACUUGGCUGGACUCGUGUGGAUAGAUUUGGAUAAAUUUGUAUACUGUGAUAAUCAGAAAUGAGGCCAAAGGCGCCAAGAUGCUCGUCUUUCCAGAGAAGCUAAGGCCGCUUCAUCCAGCGACCAGCACGGGGCCCGGGCCUGGCAGCACCACGGCCUCCGUCUCGGCGCUCGCCUGUGUCUGCUGGGCCCUCCUCCUGCGCAACCAUGAGCUGAUAGGCCGAGGACGAGAUCGAUGCCCUCGUUAAAGCAGCGGGGGUCGGCGCUAAACCUUUCUGGCCCGGCUUGCUUGCAGAGGUCCUGGCCAAAGUCUACAUCGGAGCCUCGGCUGCAGUGCAGGGGCUGAGGGACCCGCCCGGCAGCUGGUGCUGCGCCAGCAGGAGGCCCCGCGCCCUCCAGCCCUGCUGCCCAGCUGAGGAGAAGAAAGUGGAAGCAAGAAUCCGAGGAGUCUGCUGACGACGUGGGCUUUGAUCUUUUUGACUAAACCUCUUCUGUAACCUGUUCAAUAAAAAGCCGAACCCCCUUUUUUGGGGAUAUAUAUUUUAAAA